AGCCACUGGGUGAAUAUGGAGUUUCUAAUCAAAGCUCUUCACAGCAAAGGACAUGUGAUUGAUGUGGUGCGCACAAACAAGAGUUGGUAUGCAAAAGAGGACUCUGCCUAUUACAAUGCUAUAACAGUGCCAGUCAGAGAGAGCUUUGAUGAAGAGUUCAUAAAACCUAUUCUUAAAAAAUUGUUUGAAAUUGAGAGGAGACAAAGCUCUGUGUGGACUUUUGCAAGUUUACAAUUUGAGAUGUUUGGUGCAAUGACAAAAAUUCACGGCAUGGUUUGUGAGAUGGCCAUGCACAUGUUUGAGGAUAAGAACUUAAUGAAGGAACUCAAGGAGAGUCAGUAUGAUCUAGUUCUCACAGAUCCUGCUUGGGGUGCUGGAGUUUUAUUGGCUCAUUAUCUUCAACUUCCUAUGGUAUACAAUGUGAGGUGGAUUACAAGUGGGGAGGGACAUUUUGCCAUUUCACCCUCAUCUUUAUCUUACAUCCCGAUGACGGGAUCAGGCCAUUCAGAUAAGAUGACCUUUACUCAAAGAAUGAAAAAUUUGUUGUUUUAUUUGCUGAUGGACAUUCAACACAAGUUCUUGAUUAAACCACAAUACCAGGCGGUGUGUGAUAAAUAUUUUCUUCCUCAUGUUGAUUUCUAUGAACUUCUUCAGGGAGCUGAUAUUUGGCUGAUGAGGGUUGACUUUGUAUUUGAAUUUCCACGUCCAACUAUGCCAAAUAUUGUUUAUAUGGGGGGAUUCCAGUGUAAGCUAGCCAAGAAACUUCCUCAACAUCUGGAGGACUUUGUAGAAAGCUCAGAUGAACAUGGUAUCAUUAUCAUGUCUUUGGGCACAUUUGUAAGUGAACUACCACAUGACAUAACUGAGGAGAUCGCUGCUGCUUUUGCUCAGCUUCCACAGAAGGUCAUCUGGAGACACACUGGAAAGAGACCAUCUACAUUAGGCAACAACACCUUAAUGGUAAAGUGGAUGCCACAGAAUGAUCUGCUGGGACAUCAGAAGACCAGAGUUUUUGUAUCUCAUGGGGGAACCAAUGGAGUCCAAGAGGCCAUAUAUCAUGGCAUUCCUGUAGUUGGAUUGCCUUUAUUUUUUGACCAGUAUGACAACCUCCUUCGACUAAAGGAAAGAAGGAGUGCGAAAAUUCUUUCCUUAAGAACAAUAAAUAAGAGCAUCUUCCUCCAGGCUCUACAGGAGGUACUUCAUGAACCUUCCUACAGAAUGAACAUGCAGAGACUCUCUAGUCUGCACAGAGAUCAGCCAAUGAACCCCCUGGACCGAGCUCUCUUCUGGAUUGAGUUUGUCAUGAGGCACAAAGGUGCCUCUCACCUUCGUACUGAGUCCUAUAAAAUGCCCUGGUAUACCUAUCACUCUGUUGACGUAGUUGUAUUUUUGCUGUCUAAUGCAUGUCUUAUUAUAGUGACAUUUGUUGCCCUGGUUAGGUGUUUUUAUGGGGCGUGUUAUAAAAGAAGGCCAAAAAUAGAUUAG